UCCGUCUGUGUUCGCAGAAGCCGGCAAUGACCGCCUGCGCCCGCCGAGCGGGUGGGCUUCCGGACCCCGGGCUCUGCGGUCCCGCGCGGUGGGCUCCGUCCCUGCCCCGCCUCCCCCGGGCCCUGCCCCGGCUCCCGCUCCUGCUGCUCCUGCUUCUGCUGCAGCCCCCCGCCCUCUCCGCCGUGUUCACGGUGGGGGUCCUGGGCCCCUGGGCUUGCGACCCCAUCUUCUCCCGGGCUCGCCCGGACCUGGCCGCCCGCCUGGCCGCCGCCCGCCUGAACCGCGACCCCGGCCUGGCAGGCGGUCCCCGCUUCGAGGUAGCGCUGCUGCCCGAGCCGUGCCGGACGCCGGGCUCGCUGGGGGCCGUGUCCUCCGCGCUGGCCCGCGUGUCGGGCCUCGUGGGUCCGGUGAACCCUGCGGCCUGCCGGCCAGCCGAGCUGCUCGCCGAAGAAGCCGGGAUCGCGCUGGUGCCCUGGGGCUGCCCCUGGACGCAGGCGGAGGGCACCACGGCCCCUGCCGUGACCCCCGCCGCGGAUGCCCUCUACGCCCUGCUUCGCGCAUUCGGCUGGGCGCGCGUGGCCCUGGUCACCGCCCCCCAGGACCUGUGGGUGGAGGCGGGACGCUCACUGUCCACGGCACUCAGGGCCCGGGGCCUGCCUGUCGCCUCCGUGACUUCCAUGGAGCCCUUGGACCUGUCUGGAGCCCGGGAGGCCCUGAGGAAGGUUCGGGACGGGCCCAGGGUCACAGCAGUGAUCAUGGUGAUGCACUCGGUGCUGCUGGGUGGCGAGGAACAGCGCUACCUCCUGGAGGCCGCAGAGGAGCUGGGCCUGACCGAUGGCUCCCUGGUCUUCCUGCCCUUCGACACGAUCCACUACGCCUUGUCCCCAGGCCCGGAGGCCUUGGCCGCACUCGCCAACAGCUCCCAGCUUCGCAGGGCCCACGAUGCCGUGCUCACCCUCACGCGCCACUGUCCCUCUGAAGGCAGCGUGCUGGACAGCCUGCGCAGGGCUCAAGAGCGCCGCGAGCUGCCCUCUGACCUCAAUCUGCAGCAGGUCUCCCCACUCUUUGGCACCAUCUAUGACGCGGUCUUCUUGCUGGCAAGGGGCGUGGCAGAAGCGCGGGCUGCCGCGGGUGGCAGAUGGGUGUCCGGAGCAGCUGUGGCCCGCCACAUCCGGGAUGCGCAGGUCCCUGGCUUCUGCGGGGACCUAGGAGGAGACGAGGAGCCCCCAUUCGUGCUGCUAGACACGGACGCGGCGGGAGACCGGCUUUUUGCCACAUACAUGCUGGAUCCUGCCCGGGGCUCCUUCCUCUCCGCCGGUACACGGAUGCACUUCCCACGUGGGGGAUCAGCACCCGGACCUGACCCCUCGUGCUGGUUCGAUCCAAACAACAUCUGCGGUGGAGGACUGGAGCCGGGCCUCGUCUUUCUUGGCUUCCUCCUGGUGGUUGGGAUGGGGCUGGCUGGGGUCUUCCUGGCCCAUUAUGUGAGGCACCGGCUACUUCACAUUCAAAUGGUCUCCGGCCCCAACAAGAUCAUCCUGACCGUGGACGACAUCACCUUUCUCCACCCACAUGGGGGCACCUCUCGAAAGGUGGCCCAGGGGAGUCGAUCAAGUCUGGGUGCCCGCAGCAUGUCAGACAUUCGCAGCGGCCCCAGCCAACACUUGGACAGCCCCAACAUUGGUGUCUAUGAGGGAGACAGGGUUUGGCUGAAGAAAUUCCCAGGGGAUCAGCACAUAGCUAUCCGCCCAGCAACCAAGACGGCCUUCUCCAAGCUCCAGGAGCUCCGGCAUGAGAACGUGGCCCUCUACCUGGGGCUUUUCCUGGCUCGGGGAGCAGAAGGCCCUGCGGCCCUCUGGGAGGGCAACCUGGCUGUGGUCUCAGAGCACUGCACGCGGGGCUCUCUUCAGGACCUCCUUGCUCAGAGAGAAAUAAAGCUGGACUGGAUGUUCAAGUCCUCCCUCCUGCUGGACCUUAUCAAGGGAAUAAGGUAUCUGCACCAUCGAGGCGUAGCUCAUGGGCGGCUGAAGUCACGGAACUGCAUAGUGGAUGGCAGAUUCGUACUCAAGAUCACUGACCACGGCCACGGGAGACUGCUGGAAGCACAGAAGGUGCUACCGGAGCCUCCCAGAGCGGAGGACCAGCUGUGGACAGCCCCGGAGCUGCUUAGGGACCCAGCCCUGGAGCGCCGGGGAACGCUGGCCGGCGACGUCUUUAGCUUGGCCAUCAUCAUGCAAGAAGUAGUGUGCCGCAGUGCCCCUUAUGCCAUGCUGGAGCUCACUCCCGAGGAAGUGGUGCAGAGGGUGCGGAGCCCCCCUCCACUGUGUCGGCCCUUGGUGUCCAUGGACCAGGCACCUGUCGAGUGUAUCCACCUGAUGAAGCAGUGCUGGGCAGAGCAGCCGGAACUUCGGCCCUCCAUGGACCACACCUUCGACCUGUUCAAGAACAUCAACAAGGGCCGGAAGACGAACAUCAUUGACUCGAUGCUUCGGAUGCUGGAGCAGUACUCUAGUAACCUGGAGGAUCUGAUCCGGGAGCGCACGGAGGAGCUGGAGCUGGAAAAGCAGAAGACAGACCGGCUGCUUACACAGAUGCUGCCUCCGUCUGUGGCUGAGGCCUUGAAGACGGGGACACCAGUGGAGCCCGAGUACUUUGAGCAAGUGACACUGUACUUUAGUGACAUUGUGGGCUUCACCACCAUCUCUGCCAUGAGUGAGCCCAUUGAGGUUGUGGACCUGCUCAACGAUCUCUACACACUCUUUGAUGCCAUCAUUGGUUCCCACGAUGUCUACAAGGUGGAGACAAUAGGGGACGCCUAUAUGGUGGCCUCGGGGCUGCCCCAGCGGAAUGGGCAGCGACACGCGGCAGAGAUCGCCAACAUGUCACUGGACAUCCUCAGUGCCGUGGGCACUUUCCGCAUGCGCCAUAUGCCUGAGGUUCCCGUGCGCAUCCGCAUAGGCCUGCACUCGGGUCCAUGCGUGGCAGGCGUGGUGGGCCUCACCAUGCCGCGGUACUGCCUGUUUGGGGACACGGUCAACACCGCCUCGCGCAUGGAGUCCACCGGGCUGCCUUACCGCAUCCACGUGAACUUGAGCACUGUGGGGAUUCUCCGUGCUCUGGACUCGGGCUACCAGGUGGAGCUGCGAGGCCGCACGGAGCUGAAGGGCAAGGGCGCCGAGGACACUUUCUGGCUAGUGGGCAGACGCGGCUUCAACAAGCCCAUCCCCAAACCGCCUGACCUGCAACCGGGGUCCAGCAACCACGGCAUCAGCCUGCAGGAGAUCCCACCCGAGCGGCGACGGAAGCUGGAGAAGGCGCGGCCGGGCCAGUUCUCUUGAGAAGUGAGGCCCGGCCCCGGACAGGAUUGUUCUGGAAGGUCCUUUUCCUGAAAGUUGCUGCUAUAGGUGACUGGAAGUCUGUCUAAUGCUGGUGGACUCUGCCCAGCUCUGCCUCAAAGGAUUUUGGGCCUUUUACAAGAGCUGGUUGCAAAACCAGCCAUGUGACCUUGGGAAAGUGUCACGCAUGCUCUGCUGUGAUCCCUUCAGUGGCAAAAUGGGGGGUGGCCUAAGUGGUUCCCAAGGCCCCUGUGUACCUGACAGCUGGGUGGCUUGUGGCCCUCACCCCCAGGAGCCCUGAGUCCAGCAGGGGAUGUGAGGGUCAGGGAUUCUCCGCUUCCCAGUGUCUCUCAGGGACCCAGGAAGGAGGAUCUGGGAUUGAUGCCCGACCCCAGAGGAAGUGGAGUUCUGUUCCACCAGAGCAGGGUUUGUCACAUGGCCUGAGGGGGCAAGGGCUCCUGUUUAGCCUCAAGCUUCAUUCCUAUCUCCAUCUCCCACCAGUCAGAAACUGGCUGCUUCUCCUGUGGGCAUAAUCAGGGAACUUGCCCAAGUGCAGAGAAAAGCUUGCUUCAAUGCUUUGAGGAAAGGAAAUUGUGCCACACCUUGACUAACCAGAACAUCCAAAGAGCAGCAUUCUCUGUUUAACUGGGAGCUGCUGAGCAAGCAGUUGGACAGAAAAUCCUCUCUGCUUAGAAUUUUUUCUUUUUUUUGAGUCUCACUUUGUCACCCAGGCUGGAGUGCAGUGCAGUGACACAAUCUCGACUCACUGCAACCUCCUCCUCUCAGGUUCAAGUGAUUCUCCUACCUCAGCCUGCCGAGUAGCUGGGAUUACAGGCACCCGCCACCACGCCCGGGUAAUUUUUUUGUGUGAUUUUAGUAGAGACGGGGUUUCAGCAUGUUGCCCUGGGUGGUCUUGAACUGACCUCAAGUGAUCUGCCCACCUUGGCCUCCCAAAGUGCUGGGAUUACAGGUGUGAGACACCGCGCCUGACCUUUGCAGCAAUUAUCAAUGCCCUGUCCUGGCAAGUCCCCAGUUGAAGUUGCCUUUGUGAAACUCUGACCUUCCAGAGCCUGGGCCUUGGCACAUUUGACUCUUGGUGUCUGUCACCAUUGCUACAGACCCUGGAAGAAGUUUGCAGCAGGCUAGGAAACCACCUAGGCUGCCACCAGAGGUAGUGAGUGUCCAGUCCCUGGAGGUGUGAAGGCAGAACUGGAGACAUCAUUGACCAGGGAUACGACAGUGAGAGGGAAUUCCGGAACUGAACCUUCACUACGCCAAGUGUGGUUGGUGGGCCAGGGUCGGCACUGCCUGUGAGCUCAUUAGAAAUGAAGGAUCUCAGGGCCCCACCCCAGACCUGCUGAGUCUGGAUCUGCAUUUUAACAAGUUCCUACAAAAUAUUGACACGCUCAUUAAAGUUUCUGAAUCAUAGAACUAAA